UCUUCCAUAACUUAUACACUUCGCUCCCUGCUAACUCAUACACUGUCUCUCCUCUACUUGUCUCUCUUCGGACAAUGCCUCUCUCCUAAGUCCUAACCUCCAAAACCUCAAAAGACAUUAAAAACACACAUUUUCUCUUCCUUUCAAACCAUUAUCAAAAAAUGGUUACGAAAAAUCUUCUUUUUUUCUUCUUCCUUCUCAACUCCUUUCCUUUCUCCAAACCAGAUCUCGCCGCCGACCGGGCGGCGCUUGUCUCUCUACGCUCCUCAGUCGGCGGCCGUACUCUCUUUUGGAAUAUUACCCAGUUGUCUCCUUGCUCUUGGGCUGGAGUUACCUGCGAAGGUAACCGUGUUGUUGUACUCCGCCUUCCUGGAGUAGCACUUUCAGGCCAACUACCCACCGGCAUUUUCGCUAACUUAACUCAACUACAUACUCUUAGUCUCCGUCUCAAUGCUCUAACUGGUGAGCUACCUUCAGAUCUCGCUGCUUGUGCUAAUCUCAGGAACCUCUACUUGCAAGGAAAUUUGUUAUCUGGCGAGAUCCCAGAGUUCCUGUUUAGUUUACGUGAUCUUGUACGUCUCAAUCUAGGUGAAAACAACUUCACCGGCGAGAUCUCGGCGGGUUUCCAAAAUUUCACAAGAUUAAGGACUUUAUACUUGGAGAACAAUAGAUUAUCUGGGUCAAUUCCUGAUUUGAAGUUGGAGAAGUUAGAGCAAUUCAAUGUUUCAAAUAAUGUGUUGAAUGGGUCUAUACCUGAAAGAUUUAAGGCUUUUGAUUCGAGUUCGUUUUUGGGUAAUUCACUAUGUGGGAAACCAUUAGCUAAUGCUUGUAUCACUGCUGAAAAUAGUAGUAGCAUAGUUGUGCCAAGUUCACCAACAGACAGUGGCAAUGGAAGUAAAAGAAAGAAGCUAUCUGGUGGUGCUAUUGCUGGUAUUGUGAUUGGAUCUGUAAUUGGCUUCUUUUUGAUUGUUUUGAUUUUGAUGUUUUUAUGUAGAAAGAAGGGUAGCAAGAAGUCAAGAUCGAUAGACAUUGCGUCUAUUAAGCAACAAGAACUUGUAAUUCCAGGAGAAAAGCCAAUUGGAGAGUUGGAGAAUGCAAAUGGAAAUGGGUAUUCAGUGGCGGCUGCUGCAGCGGCUGCAAUGGUGGGGAAUGGGAAAGGAGUAGGGGAAGUGAACGGAGCUGGGGCUAAAAAGUUGGUGUUCUUUGGUAAGGCUUCAAGGGUGUUUGACUUAGAAGAUUUAUUGAGAGCCUCUGCAGAGGUGUUGGGGAAGGGAACAUUUGGGACUGCUUAUAAGGCUGUGUUGGAGGUGGGGACUAUUGUGGCUGUUAAAAGAUUGAAGGAUGUAACUAUUUCUGAUAGAGAAUUCAAGGAGAAGAUUGAGAUGGUGGGAGCUGUGGAUCAAGAAAAUUUGGUCCCUUUAAGAGCUUAUUAUUAUAGCAGAGAUGAAAAGCUGCUUGUUUAUGAUUACAUGCCUAUGGGAAGCUUGUCUGCUCUUUUGCACGGAAACAAAGGAGCUGGCAGGACUCCAUUAAACUGGGAAAUUAGAUCUGGUAUUGCCCUUGGAGCUGCCCGCGGCAUCCAGUACUUGCACUCUCAAGGUCCUAAUGUCUCCCAUGGAAACAUUAAAUCAUCCAAUAUCCUGCUCACUCAGAACUAUGAAGCUCGAGUAUCUGAUUUUGGACUUGCUCACCUUGUUGGUCCUUCCUCCACCCCCAACCGAGUCGCCGGAUACCGAGCACCAGAGGUGACUGAUCCCCGCAGAGUUUCCCAGAAAGCUGAUGUUUAUAGCUUCGGUGUAUUGCUAUUAGAGUUGCUCACUGGGAAGCCCCCGACACAUGCCUUAUUGAAUGAGGAAGGUGUUGAUCUUCCCCGGUGGGUUCAGUCCAUAGUUCGAGAGGAAUGGACUUCAGAGGUGUUUGAUCUUGAACUCCUUAGGUAUCAGAAUGUAGAGGAGGAAAUGGUUCAGCUUUUGCAGCUUGGAAUAGAUUGUGCAGCUCAAUACCCUGAUAAUCGCCCGUCAAUGUCCGAAGUAACCAGCCGGAUUGAAGAGCUAUGUCGUUCCAGUCAACGGGAAGAGCAAGAUCUACAGCUGGAUGUAGUUGAUGUGGAUGAUAACUCAUCUAGGUGAGAUGAUCAUAUCACUCCAUGGAUUUUAAAAGGAUCUUCAUUGCAUCAUGUUUAAUCUUUGUUCUUUGUCAUAUGGUUGAUUUGGACCUAAACUUCUUUAAGUUAGGAGCCAACUGUCAUUUAAUUUUUUUUUUUUCUUUUUCCCAUUUUGUACUAGUUUUCUUUUUCUUUUUUUUUUCUUUUUAUUUUUUUAUUUUUAGCUUUUUCAUCAAUACUUUGGGGAGGAUAUGGAUAUCUGCUACUCUAUUUGUUCUUGUUGGGUGGAAAAUGGUGGUUGUAAUUAUUACAUUUGCUUUUGCUUUUGAUGCAACUUUUCAUCUGUUCAGAUUGGGAUAUUUAAGUUGCUUUGAGAUUGUUGGUUGUAA